UUGUAUACCAUGUAGUAUUGUGUAAUUACCAGCUGUUGCCAGUUGUAACUACACCUGCUCACCGAUCACCAUGCUCGGAUUGUACGCUCUCAUCGUCACAUUGCUACACAUUUCACCAGGAGACGCUCGACGUGGGGCGAUAAUAAGCUUCGAUCCGCCCGACUUGAACGACUGGUCAGUAGGGCUGGUGGUCAAGGAAACUGACGUUCGAUCCCAUGACACUAAGGGUAAACUGGUCAAAGAACGCAAACUGGAUAGAUUCUCCAUGGAGCUGCUGAUAUACUGUAAAGAUUAUGAUGACGACCUACCACCUACAACGCAGGCCCAGUGGGAUCAUCCUAAGAAGAGAGAGUGCAAGGGAGAACGCUACAAUCUCAUGAAGUUGAGGUACGACGAUUUUGACAUCGACUGUCUCAGAAUAACUACCACUGAAGAAUCCGUAGCUCUUGCUUCCUUCAAAGCUUUUGUUUUGAAACGGUUCCACCUGAAAGUGGUCUACCUAACUGUGACAGGGGACUGUUACGUCAAGUACUUUGAAUUGCCCAUGAGGAGGUGUUCAAGAAGAGGACACACCAAACUGCCCAAGGAUUUGUGCCAGACAUUCUUCCCCUUCUUCGAGUUAAUAGACAAGCCUUCAGAAUAUUCUAGUGACUACAACGUAAAGCUGCUUAAUUAGAACGAUUUUUUUCAAUUUUUUAUCACUAAUGAGUGACUCUUUGUGCUGUUUAUUACAAAAUGUAUGCUUUAGUGCUUGAAAGCAUUUUCGGUAUUGGAGUUUUACGUUUUAACUAAGUUUGCAGAGUAAUAAUUCAAAAGUAUUCGGCCUGUAUUCGCCUUGAAAUAAAAUCUAGAUUACAAAAUAUUCAGUCAUCAAAGCACUAUUAUAUUAAUGUGUGUUUAUUCUUGAUACUGUCACAAUCAACGGGACCAUGAACUUUAAACAAUAUAUCAUAGUGGGAAUUAAUUUAUUAAUAGGAUUGAGAAUAAAUACUUGAC